AUGUCUACGGAUGGUUACUUCGCGCCAGUGCCAGGAGUUAAGCCUACCAAAGGAGGAGCCUACCUUUGGCGCUAUCUCCCGAGCAAACCUGCGGCGAUCCUAUUUCUCAUUAUAUUUCUAUUGUCUUUCCUCUACAUCAGCUGGAAGAUCUGGAGGACUCGUGCUCGCUUCUGCAUCGUCUUUGCAGUAGGAUGCCUCUUUGAAGUCAUAGGAUAUGGAGCGCGCGCUAGCGCCCACGACAAGACCGACAGAAUCAUGACGUUCGCCAUCCAGAACAUGUUCAUCAUCAUCGCACCCGUCCUCUUUGCCGCCUCAAUCUACAUGAUCCUCGGUCGAAUUAUCACGAGUAUCCACGCCGAGAAAUAUUCGAUGAUCCGACCAGCCAAAUUGACGAAGACGUUUGUCCUUGGAGAUCUGGUUUCUUUCCUAAUUCAGGGAGGCGCUUCAGGUAUGAUGGUGAUCCAAAAGCCCGGUCUCGCGACUUGGGGUGAGAGGAUCGUCAUCAUCGGCCUUGUUGUCCAGAUCAUCAUGUUUGGCCUCUUCUGUGCUAUCGCCGUCGUCUUCCACCGCAGAAUGAGACAAGCACCCACUCCCGACUCCCUGGACGGCCUAAUCCCAUGGGAACAGAGCCUUUACAUGCUUUAUGCCGUCAGUCUGCUCAUCAUGGUUCGAUCAAUCUUCAGAGUUGUCGAGUUCGCUCAGGGAUAUACGGGUUACUCUCUUUCCCACGAAUGGACACUUUACGUUUUCGACUCCCUUCUUAUGUAUCUCGUCACGGUGCUCUUCGCUUGGAGGUUCCCAGAGCGCUUGAGGCCUAAAGACGAUCUGGCUUUGUGA